AUGGCAGUCACCGAGAUCAACGAGAAGACGGCCGCCGUCGACUCGCCCCGGUCCAAAUCGCCGACCUCCACCGACGAAGACUCGGCCGCGGGCCAUCUCGUACAGGAGACGCCAAAGCUGACCUGGAAGUCGUACAUUUGGGAUACCCUGGACAAGUCCCCCGAGGAGCGGAAGUUCAUGUUCAAGCUCGACGCGGUCAUUCUCACCAUGGCGUCACUUGGCUACUUCAUCAAGAACCUGGAUCAGAUCAACAUCAACAACGCCUUUGUGUCGGGAAUGAAGGAGGAUAUGAAGCUGUUUGGUAAUGAGUUGAAUUACAUGCAGACGUGUUGGACCGUUGGUUACGUUCUUGGAGAGAUUCCAAGCAACCUGCUCCUCACCCGAGUCCGACCAUCCAUCUGGAUUCCCGCCUGUGAAAUGACGUGGGCCGUCUUGACCAUUCUCAUGAUCAAGUGCACAAACACGACUCAACUCUACUUCAGCGGAUAUCUUAUGGCUGCUGUCUAUAACUUGGAUGGUGUCCACGGAUGGAAGGGCUGGCAAUGGCUGUUCAUUGUCGAUACCGUCAUAUCCCUUCCCAUCGCGCUAGCCGGCUUCUUCCUCCUACCCGACGUCCCCGAAAUCACCAAGGCAUGGUACCUCUCGAAAGACGACAUCGCGCUCGCGCAGAAGCGCAUGCAACUCGAGGGACGCGCGACCCGCCAACCCUUCACAAAAGCCAAAGUCAAGAAGAUCUUCACCAGCUGGCACCUGUGGACUCUGACGCCGCUGUACAUCUUCUUCAACAACGGCUGCGGACUCCUCGGCCAGCCCGGCUUCCAGCUGUGGCUCAAGGGCGCCGGGUACAGCGUCAAGGACGUGAACACAUACCCGACCAUCACGUCCGCCAUCGUCGUGAUCACGACUCUCAUAUACGCGUGGUCGUCCGACACCGUCUUCAAGGGGGCCAGGUGGCCCCCGAUCGUGUUCUCGGGUGUCGUGCAGAUUGUUAUUUACUCCAGCUUGGCCGCGUGGAACAUCCCCAUCGCGUGGAAGUGGGCGUGUUUCCUGCUUGCUGGGUUCGGCGGCGGCAUUAGCGGUUUGACGUUCGCGUGGGCUCAUGAGAUCUGCAAGGACGACAACGAGGAGAGGGCCCUUGUGACGGGAUCGAUGAAUCAGAUGGCUUAUGUCUUCCAAGCUUGGUUGCCGCUUCUCAUCUGGCAACAGGUUGAGGCCCCGCGGUAUCCCAAGGGCUAUCCUACGAUGGUGGCUUUCAGUGUGGGUCUUAUUGCGACGUGUUUUGUGAUUAGAUAUCUCCAUCGGAGGGAGCUUGGGAAGAAGGCUUUGAACAUCGCGGCGUGA